AUGAAUUCAACGCUUAGGUCCUCUCUGUGCACACGAUGCGCACGGCGGGUCUUGCAGAUCCCUCGAAUUCGAUCUCGAUACAGCACAUCGACCACCCUUCAUGGUCGUCCGUUUCGAGUUGCCGUCAUCGGGUCCGGCCCGGCAGGUUUCUAUGCUGCAUAUCGACUUCUUUCCAAAUCGGAUGAUGCUGUAGUUGAUAUGUACGAGCAAUUGCCCGUGCCAUUCGGCCUGGUGCGGUAUGGUGUCGCCCCGGACCAUCCGGAAGUCAAGAAUUGUGAAGAAAAGUUCACUGAAGUGGCAACCUCCCCUCGAUUCAAUUUUAUUGGAAAUGUCGCCGUGGGCUCUCAGUUACCGUUCUCCACACUGAAACCACAUUACGACGCCAUUCUGUUCGCCUACGGUGCGGCCAAGGAUCGCGAAUUGGGUAUCCCGGGCGAGGACGCUAGAAAGAAUGUUCUUUCGGCAAGGGCGUUUGUGGGAUGGUACAAUGGACUUCCAGAAUACCGUGACCUGGCUCCAGAUCUGGCUGCCGGUGAACACGCCGUGGUUGUUGGUCAGGGAAAUGUCGCUCUAGAUGUGGCGAGGAUACUCUUGUCGGAUGUGGAUUCUUUGCGCAAAACAGACAUUUCGGAGCAUGCAUUAGAGGAGCUCUCGAGAAGUAAGAUCAAGCGAGUGCGGGUUGUUGGAAGGCGCGGGCCUAUGCAGGCUGCGUUCACUAUCAAGGAGAUAAGGGAACUCUUACAGCUUCCCUCUGUUGCAUUUGACACUAUACCAAAGGACCUUCUCCCACCGGAAGAUGUUGUUUCGUCUCUUCCUCGAGCACAGAAAAGAUUGAUCCAGCUCCUAGCCAAGGGAUCCGCUACAGAUCCUACUACUGCUAGCAAAAGCUGGUCACUCGACUUUCUUCUUUCUCCUCAUUCUUUACAUUGGUCACCAAUGUUCCCCUACCGGUUGUCUCAUGUCAAAUUUACUCGAAAUGAAUUUGCGUCUCCCGACCCAUUCGCAUCAGAUGCCAAGGUCAAACAACAUUUUCUGACGAGCGGUAAGCCGGCGCAAGUCAAUAUUCCAGGCAAUAUAUUCUUCCGCAGUAUAGGUUACAAGUCUUUGCCGUUACCCGGCUUCGAGGAAUUAGGAAUUGAGUUUGAUGGACGACGCGGUAUCAUUCCCAAUGACGGAUUUGGUCGAGUGACGAGUACCAACCGUGCGGCAGAAGAUACUACGACACCCCUAGAUCAUACACACAUCUCUCAUUUGCCCGGACUUUACUGUGCAGGCUGGGUCAAACGUGGGCCGACUGGAGUGAUUGCUUCUACGAUGAUGGAUGCUUUCGGCACAGCGGACUCUAUUGCUGCGGACUGGGAAGCAUUUAAAUCAAGCAGUGAAGCCAAAAUAUCAUUCUUGAACUCAACCUCUGGCGGAAGCACUGGUCUAGGCUGGGAAGGCGUGCGAGCUGAGGCCAUGCAGAGAGGAUUGUUGCCUACUUCGUGGGACGACUGGCAGCGUAUCGACUCUGUCGAAAAGGAUAGAGGAAAAGCCAAGGGUAAACCUCGGCAGAAGUUUGGCCAUGUGGAGGAGAUGCUGAACAUUGUACGAUAA